AUGAAGGCAGCACUGAUGUGGAUGAUAAAUGAUUUUCCUGCUUAUGGAAUGUUGUCUGGAUGGAUGACUCAAGGGAAAUUAGCAUGUCCAAUUUGUAUGGAGGAUACAAAGGCAUUUACUUUAAAACAUGGAGGAAAAAAUUCAUGGUUUGAUUGCCAUAGGAGAUUUUUAGAUAUGGAACAUCCUUAUAGGCGUCAAGCAUACAAAUUUAAGAAAGCAACUGUUGAGAAUGAGGACCUUCCCGCCCGUUUAAAUGGUCAUCAAGUAUGGGAUAGAGUUAAACACUUGCCAAAAAUAACAGAAGUAGGAAAAUCCAUUAGGUUUCCUGGUUAUGGGAUGACACAUAAUUGGACCAAACAAAGUAUAUUCUGGGAGCUCUCAUAUUGGAAGGAUAACUUAGUUCGUCAUUGUUUAGAUGUGAUGCAUGUGGAAAAAAAUGUAUUUGACAAUAUCAUGAAUAUUGUAAUGGACACUGAUCAAACUAAAGAUAAUGUCAAGGCAAGGCAAGAUUUAGAAGAAUAUUGUAGGCGUCAUGAAUUGAGGUUACAACAACUUGCAGAUGGUCGAUGGUCAAAGCCAAAGGCAAGUUACACUCUGACUUUACCACAAAGACAAGAUGUGUGUAAGUGGGUGAAGGAGUUAAAAAUGCCUGACAAUUACGCAUCAAACCUCAGUCGUUGUGUGAAUGUUGAACAAGGAAGAUUUUUUGGGAUGAAAAGUCAUGAUUGCCACAUAUUCAUGGAGUGUCUUCUACCUGCUGCAUUUAGGGAACUACCAGACCAUGUUUGGAAGCCAUUGACUGAGUUAAGUGAGUACUUUAGGGACCUGUGUUCACCUACUCUAAGGGUUGAAGAUCUAUUAGUUAUGGAGAAAAAUAUUCCUGUCAUUUUGUGCAAAUUAGAGAGAAUACUUCCCCCUGGUUUCUUUGACUCCAUGGAGCACUUGCCUAUACACUUAGCGUAUGAAGCACGUGUUUGUGGACCAGUACAAUACAGGUGGAUGUAUCCGUUUGAACGAGAAAUUGGAGGGUUCAAAAGGACUGUGAAAAAUAGAGCUCAAGUGGAAGGAUCCAUAUGCCAGGCAUAUAUAUCAAGGGAGACAUCAAAUUUUUGCACAUACUAUUUUGAACCUCAUGUUCAAUCUAGGAGAACUCGGGUUGGUCGAAAUGAUGAUAGGGGAGAAAGUAGUAAUGAGCCAAGUCUAUCUAUAUUCAACCAACCAGGUCGUGUAUCUGGAAAAUGUGAAGAACGAUGGAUCUUAGGUGAUGAAUCAGAGGCCGCCCACUUGCACAUCUUAUUAAAUUGUGAUGAAGUGCGUGAUCCUAUUAAUGGUAUCACAGAUCCUGACCUAUAUAACUUGUCCAGAGGUCCAAAAAAUAAAGCAUAUUGUUGGCCAAUUUACUUUGUUAAUGGGUAUAAAUUUCAAACUAUUGAAUCAUGUCAAGGGAGAAAAACAGAUAAUAGUGGAGUUAGUGUAAGAGAAAAUUCAAGUGAUGGUGACUGUGAUUGGUAUGGAAAACUUCAUGAAAUUGUUGAGCUUGAAUAUGCUGGUGAAACCAUAAAAAGGAUUGUCUUAUUCAAGUGUGAAUGGUUUGAUCCAACACGUCCAACAGUAAUAGACACUGUUGUCCCUCCAAUUUUAUCUUCUCCUUUGAAUGAAAUUGAAAUAAUUGACCCUCCUACCCAAGUUAUGAGAUAUAAUGAAAUGGAUGACAUCAUAGAAGACGAGGAUGAAGGAAUUAUGGAUGAACGUUCAUCGAAUGAUGAUGAAGGUAAAGGUAAAGGUAAGAAGGGUAUUACUCAGCAAACUGAUCGUGGCAACACUUCUUCACCUACCGCUCCGACUUCGACGUCCACACCAGCAACAGUGCAGACCUCCCAGGUUAGGGGACAGGAGCAAUUUAUCAUGGUGCCGAAUCCUGGGUAUAUUGCUCCUCCCCCUCCAGUACAGCGAGUUUCACACUCUGCACCCCAUACUACACAGGCCACACAGUCACCUGCUACACAGGGCACAGGAGAUGGAUCCACUGUUGUCCCAUCUGUAAGCGGGCAGCAGUCAUCACAGACCCAGGCAUCAUCGAGAUCGUUAGAAACUUUGAGAUGGGAUGGGUCCACUUGGUAA